UGUUGUUGCUGGUAUUAAUGCUUGUGUACUACGGUUAUCAACGCUUGUUUAAAUAGGUUUUAUUACGUAUUACAUAAAUCAAGGGGGGCUUUGAGAGGAGCAAGCGUAUAAAUAGGAACAAGCUGAUGCAAAGACGGGACACAAAGCAAGAUGAGCCGUCUCAGUUUGAUCACUUUUUCUCUUCUGAUAAUCUCAGUCGUUUUGGUCGCAUCCCAAGAAUGCUCCCAAAAUGAGACCUAUAUGGCUGAAGGCAUGGAGUGCGGCACCUGUUUCAAUGCUCACUGCUCGAACAAUUGUUUCUUGAGGAAGAUGGAGGGCUGCUACUGCAAAACUGGAUACAUCAGGGUCGGAUUUAAAAGAGGAGACAAACUAGGACCUUGCGUCAAACGUAUCGAUUGUCCAGUUUGUCAUCGUGGCGGAUUCCACAAUUGCGCCUGCGCCGUCAACACGCGUUUCACAUGAAAAUUAACUCUAAUUUAUGAUUCAGACAAAAAUCAAAUAUUUUUUUAUGAUUCGAGUCAAUUCGUCUAAUUUAUAAUAUUAAUUAAAUUUGCACAACU